AGCGAGCGCUUCCCCUUCCUCUCCCAUCGCCGCGCCACCAUUACCACCGGUCUUUCUCCUUCGAUCCUCCUCUCAUCCUCUCGGUCGUACGGAGACGGCGAGACGUUCACUCGUCUCGUCCUUCGUACGGCCAUCCUCCUCCUCAUUGGAGCGGAGAAAUCAAACAAGGGAGCGGAUCGGAUCCACAGAUCUACGCAUUCAUUCCGGGACUUUGGGUUUCUCCGUCUCUGCACGAUCCCCUCGUUUCCUUGCGGAGGCGUUGGGUUGUUAUUAAGUUUUCCGCUGGAAAGAGGAAAGAGGAAAGAGGAAAGAGGAAAGAGGGAGCAGAGGGGCUAUUCUGUGUGCUAAGGAUGGACCACAGCAACACUCCCUUGAGAGGGAUCAUCAAUGAUGUUAAAGGAAGAGCCUUAUGCUACAGACAAGAUUGGGAGGUUGGACUCCGUACCGGCAUCAGCAUACUUGCUCCGACCAUGUACAUCUUUUUUGCUUCUGCGCUUCCAGUCAUUGCUUUUGGAGAACAACUAAGUAGAAACACUGAUGGUGCUCUGAGCACGGUUGAAACGUUAGCUUCAACAGCAAUCUGUGGCAUCCUGCACUCGGUACUUGGCGGGCAACCAAUGUUGAUUGUAGGAGUAGCAGAGCCCACUGUGAUAAUGUACACAUAUCUCUACAAUUUUGCAAAAGAACGAGAAGGUUUAGGAGAGCGUUUGUACUUGGCUUGGGCAGGAUGGGUCUGUAUCUGGACUGCAAUCAUGCUAUUUCUUCUUGCAAUUUUCAAUGCCGCUGCUAUUAUUAGCAGAUUCACAAGAGUUGCAGGAGAACUGUUUGGGAUGUUGAUUACAGUUCUGUUCUUCCAAGAAGCUAUUAGGGGAAUAAUAAGUGAAUUUGAAGUACCCGAAGGUGAAGAUCAUACUGGCCCAAUCUACCAAUUUCAGUGGUUGUACACAAAUGGCCUGCUGGGGAUCAUAUUUACUACUGGACUUCUUUUUACUGCACUGAAGAGUAGGGGGGCAAGAGCGUGGAGAUACGGCACAGGCGGGAUUCGAGGUUUUAUUGCAGAUUAUGGGGUGCCGGUGAUGGUUGUGGUGUGGACAGCCAUGUCUUAUGCUCUUCCAAGCCAGGUUCCAUCGGGAGUCCCAAGGAGGCUUUUCAGUCCUCUUCCAUGGGAACCCAAGUCAUUGGAACACUGGAGUGUAGCUAAGGAUUUAUUUUCUGUUCCUCCACUCUACAUCUUUGCUGCCAUCAUACCUGCUUCGAUGGUUGCAGGACUCUACUUCUUUGAUCACAGUGUCGCUUCUCAGUUGGCACAGCAAAAGGAGUUCAAUCUGAAGAAUCCCUCAGCUUAUCACUAUGACAUCUUGGUCCUUGGUUUUAUGGUUCUGGUAUGCGGGUUGAUUGGAAUACCCCCGGCAAAUGGUGUUCUGCCUCAGUCUCCGAUGCACACUAAAAGCCUUGCUGUUCUCAAGAGGCAGAUAAUCCGCAAGAAGAUGGUUGAAAGUGCUAAAGAGGGCAUAAGGCAACAAGCUAGCAGCUCGGAAAUCUAUGGGAAAAUGCAAGAGGUGUUUGAGAAGAUGGACAAGGGCCACACAACAAUCUCAAUUGAUAAAGAACUGAAGAACUUGAAGGACGCUGUCAUGAAAGGAGCUUGCGAACAGGAUUCUAAAGUACAAUUUGAUCCAGAGAAGCACAUUGAUCCCCACUUGCCAGUCCGUGUCAAUGAGCAAAGAGUAACCAAUCUUUUGCAAUCUUUGCUGGUCGGUGCCUGCGUUGGAGCAAUGCCUGUGAUAAAGCAAAUACCCACAUCAGCUCUGUGGGGAUAUUUUGCUUACAUGGCAGUGGACAGCCUGCCUGGAAACCAGUUCUGGGAGAGGACAUUGCUCCUGUUCAUCUCUUCUGGCCGCCGAUUCAAGGUUCUCGAAGGCAUUCAUGCUUCCUUCGUGGAAUUGGUUCCCUUCAAGCAAAUUGCUGUAUUCACCAUCUUCCAGAUUGUGUAUCUGCUGGUGUGCUUUGGCGUGACAUGGAUACCAAUAGCAGGAAUACUGUUCCCGUUACCAUUUUUCCUCCUCAUUACCAUUAGGCAGCAUGUCCUGCCCAAGUUCUUCCAUCCACACCACCUUCAGGAGUUGGAUGCAGCGGAAUAUGAUGAGAUUGUCAGAACACCUCGCCACGGUUGCAGCCUUCCAUUCGCAGAAGGGGAAGGUUCUCCAACAGAAAGCGAUGAUAACCAAAUAGAUGUUUGUGAUGCUGAGAUACUGGACGAGCUCACCACACAUAGAGGGGAGCUCAAGCAUAGAGCCAGGAGUUUCAAAGAAGAGAGGUCUCAGAUUCAUCCUGAGACGAUUACCCAUAGUGGUGUAUGAAGAACCAGGAAGUCAAAAGGAGACUGUAAUGGAUGAAUUGAAGAAAUGCAAGAUUCUUUACUCAGAAAAUAUAAGAUUAGAGGUUGAUUUGAAGUCUUAUAUGUCAGAACCAUUUGAUUCAUUUUACAAAGAAAGAGAGGAGCACACUAAUUCACCUUUUUUUUUUUUUUUGCUAUAAAUAUCCUUAAUACAUAAUCAGGCAUGAACUGAAACAUGCAGGUCUAAACCAACUGAAUUUGUUUUUAAUUACUGUUGGUGAUAAAGAGAUCUUAU